UCCUCUGGGUUUAGAAACUCUGCUACACACAGGUCCAUUCGGCAUUCACAGAGUGCUUUGUACACCAUGUCAGUUGGAACCGGGCCAGAACCGCUCAAAGUCCCCCAUAUGGGGCACUUAACAUCUAAGAAAUAAAGUCCUGAAAAUUGAAUUGAAGAUGACAUUAUUUGCCUUAAUCUUUUCUGUAUGCUUGUCUAUAUGUGAUCUUGCAAAGACGAGACAGACAUUUACAGUGAUACAUUCGAAUGGUAGAAUGUUCAGAUAUGUUUUUAUUUCCAGCCACCAGAACCAGACAGUCUGGUUGUCAUGGCAACGUUGUAUGCGAGUAGUGCAUGUCCACCAAGACCAAGCACAAGGACAGUGAAAAGGGAAAUAAAUUGUUGUCAGUAGUGGCUGUGGGUAAUCGCUGUAUUUACCUUUCCUAGCUAUCUCGUUAAAUUGUUUCGAAACUUUGCAUAUUGUGGAGGUGAACAAUCCAUGCACCCGGGAACGUUUACGGUAAGGGGUUCUGGCUGCACGAUUAUUCAUGCGGAUAGGAUGACCUGUUGUUGCUUGCUAGUCUAGCUAGCUACUGUAGCUAAGUUAGUUAGCCAGUUAAAACACUGUCGUGUUGCUAGCUAACCAUAUAGCUUAGAUAUGUCAGGCAACAGUCUUCCGCCUCUGCGAAAUCUACCCCACUGGUCCCGCGUUGGAUGUCUUGACAAGGCUUGCUUUCCACAACCACGGCCUUGCCCGGUCAACCACCUUGAACCGCUGUCCGAUUCACCCCGUGGGGACAGAGGGGGAGAGGUCUCAUCUCACCGCGAUAUGGAUACUCGCGUUGCAUCGCUUCAGAGGAAUAUUCAGUUCCUGCAACUACAGCACAAGGACACUCUUCAGAAGCUACACGGUGAAAUAGAAGACCUCAGACGGGAAAAUAAAGAGCUGCAGUAUAAGCUGAUCAUGGAGCCUUCAAAGUCUUGCAGAAAAGGUAUUUCUUUAGGAUCAAGCCGCAGGAGCACAAGGCCACCAACACAGGGGAGUGAGGCCCAGAUACAGAGAGGGAUCUACCUGGAGCAACCUUUACAAGACACACGCCCAUCUCAAGACCCAGGGCUCAGUAUAGCAGGGGACGGUUGUGUGGCUCACACCUACACUGAGACCGCUGGAGUGGCAAGGCAAGAACACGAGUCAGAGCUGAGGGGAGGCCUCAUCACCUCUCUGCAGCCCCUCCGGAUCCACAGCAGCCCAUCCCAUCCCCCCCGACCCCCCACCCUGCAGGAAUGUGAGGUCAUCAUACGGCAGCUCUACAACGCCAACAGCCUGCAGUCUCAGGAGAUUAUACGUGUGAAGGCUGUCCUCCGAGACAUUGUGUUCAACAAGAAAAUCACUCCUGAGAACUACAUCAUGACAAAGGCCUACCUUGCUGAUGGCACCAGCAAGGCAGAUGUAGAGAGGUUUCCUCAACUAGCACUUCAACCACUUCCCAAGAGAAUGUCUGGGAACCAGGCAGGGGUGACAGAGAGGGUGAUCCUCCCAGCCCUCAAACAGCACCUGAGCUCCAGCAUCGCAGAGAGGCAGAAGAGGACCCAGACUGUACAGAGGAGCAGGCUGAGGAGAACAGUGCAUUGAGAAGGACAAACAGUACAGCAGCCCCAGCCAGCACUGCCGAACCAAAGCCUCUUUAACUAAGAUCAGGACCGGCUCCUAUUAUGGCCAUUGAAGGACUUCAAUUACCACUGACUGAAUGUUAACUUAUAUAAAGUUUAUAUUUCAAUGUACAUACAUUUAUAAUUUUCCCUAUUAAACUUAUUUUGGUGUGUCGUUGUUGGUAGGUUGGUCAAGUUAGUUGAAUUUCAUCUUACGGGAAAGGAUGAUGGUGAUGGAUCUGGUUAAUGAAAACAGGUGAACAGAAAAUUAUUUAUUCUUGAUAACAAAAAAACAAAUUCCCUUACCAGUACAUAAACACACUUCAAAGCUUUACACAGCAAAGUGGUCAGUUAUUGGUUAUACAUUUUCUCACCUCAGAAUUCUUUACAGAACACACCCCAAAUGGGGUGUUGAAACCUCAGCAGCACACCCUAGUGGUGGUAGGGGAGAGCUGGCAUUCCAAGGAGAGGUAGCCCACUC